AUGAAUGCAGAGGAAGUGGAGCUGCUCAGUGACUCCAAGUACAGGAACUAUGUGGCAGCAGUGGACAAAGCCCUCAAGAACUUUGAAUACUCCAGUGAGUGGGCAGAUCUUAUCUCAGCACUGGGCAAACUCAACAAGGUAAGACAAACUGCAUCUAGACUUACACUUGAGGUGAUCACAAGAUGUAGAAAAGUGCAGUCUGCGCAUACCUGAUAAGAUCGCUGAAGGUGUACGAUGUGUAGUAUUAAGUGGCAGGUAGCAGAAGAAGUAGAAGUGGGAUACAAUUUUGGUUAUUAUAAUGAAUAAUACAUUUUAUUUAUCGGCGUCUUUCAGGACACUCAAGGUCACCACACGGAACAAUUAAGUAUGUUUUUGUUUAAUCAGGUGAAUAUAAAAAUCCUUUUGUUUCUGUUACCCCAGAAUAAGCCUUUCGUAACCACAUAAUGAGUUUUAUUCCUACCAGAUAUUGAGCUGGCCUUUUGCACCUUCAUGUCUCUACAGCAGCUCAGACUGGACAAACCCAGCAUCAUAUGCAUUUCUGUAUUUAGUGAGUGGUGGUGCAAAAAGCACCAACUGAAAGACAAACAAGAGAGGAGUUGAUAUGAGCAAAGGAAUUACGUAUUUAUGGACUUUAGCUGAAAGAACUUAAUAAAUGGAGGAUGCUUCACUAAUGACAGGGGUGAGCUGGGGUAGAUUUCAGACUGGAAUCUGACCACUCGGUGACAGCCCUGUGUCAAUAACUGUUUGAAAUGAAAGCUCAUGGUCUCAUGCUGCCAAUGACUCAAACGACCAAACAUUGACAAGUGUGGAGGAAAGUUCUGAUGUGUAAUAAACAAGUAAAUAUUAAUAUGUACAAGAGUGCUAAACAGCUAAAACUCAUUGUUUUUCCUGGUAUUCAUAUUUCACACAAUAGGCACAACAACAUGUUCCUGCUGCAUACAGGAACAGGUAGUACAAAAAAAAGCAGUACUAUUUUGGCACCAGUAAAUCUUGUGGAGGCUGAUGGCUAACUUCAGCUUUAGUCGGCUGCAGCAAAGUGCUACGAAUGCAUGUCCAAAGCUCUAUCAGCUACACAUGCAGAGUGAGAAGGGAUAACUUGUUUAUGUGAAAUAUAAAUUCUUCAUUUUGUUUUUUAGACUGUUUGUUAAAAAGGCUUAAACUUGGAUAAUAAGGAAAUUGCAAGUUAUUUUGCAACACUAACCGACGACACGUACUGGCAUUAAAAGUUUUCAUUGAUUCUGAGUUCAAACACCAAGACAAAGUCCUUAUGGUUAAACCUAAUUCUGAUUUAUUUUGAUACUGUGUCACAAUCAUAAGAAGCUCUUAGAGGCUGUUAAUGUGAUUAAUGCCAAAUGUUCUUUACAUUCAAAUCCAGGUUUUGCAGAACAAUGCAAAAUACCAAGUGGUUCCCAAGAAGCUGACGAUAGGCAAGCGGCUGGCCCAAUGCCUCCAUCCUGCCCUGCCCAGCGGGGUCCAUCGCAAGGCUUUGGAGACUUACGAGAUCAUCUUCAAGAUCAUUGGUCCCAAGAGGCUAGCCAAAGACCUCUUUCUUUACAGGUAACGCUGUCAUACCACUUCCAGUGGCCUGUAGAUUCCUGAAAGCAGAAAGCUUUCUGCAAGUAUCAGAUCUUGACAUCUCUUAUCAAUUUUUCAUUACUGCAGCUCUGGGCUCUUCCCUUUACUCUCCAAUGCCGCCAUGUCUGUGAAGCCUGUGCUGCUUGGGCUCUAUGAGACCUACUACUUACCCCUGGGGAAGACUUUGAAACCAGGCCUGCAGGGGCUCCUGACUGGGGUCCUGCCUGGUCUGGAGGAGGGCUCUGAGUAUUAUGACAGGUGAGCCCAAGAAAUGAAAAGAAAAAAAACAAAAACACCUUGAAAGACUUGAGUGCACACGGGCGCUGGAACAAACGAUUGAGAGAAAUGAGUUUGUAGCAUAAUGUGGACGGAAAUUGAUUUUAGAUUCUAUGAAUGAUACAUGAGAUACGGAUGAGUCACUGCAAAUCUAAUGUUCCAAACUCAUAAUAACACAGACCACCACUCUUGGCGCACAGGAGAUGAGAUCGUGACUGUUUUAUACCAGGACUAACACACAUUUAUUCCGUCCAUUCAUCUAUUUACGUUGCAUUUAUAUGUAAAGUUCUAACUUCAUGUGAAAUUCUCAUCAGUGUUUGCUUUCACAGACCCUAGAGGGUGCUGCUGUUACAGGAUAGACCACGGUGACAUCAUUUAAGGGAGAGAGAGGAGCUGAACCUCUCAAAUGUGUUCGUUCUGAAAUGUGACUGUUCACUUUAAGAACAGCAGCAUAGUUUCCCUUCUGAGGGGUGUCAGAGUUUAUCAUCAAUAUUAAUACCACUUGUGCUUUAACUGACAUGGUAUUAAAAUGUUAUACAUUUGCAAAGGCCUUUGUUUACAGUUUUUCCUUAGUUUCUAUGACUCUGAAUCCACAAAGAAGACUUUUAUGUGGGUUUACUCUCCGACUUGGAUUGUAAAAUAUCUCCUGUCUUAUCAGCUUUGAUCACCAUAAUGUGCCAUCUGUUCCAUCUGAGACUGAGAUAAGACAAUAUUAAUGAGGUAUUAUGCUCAGGCACUGGCAAGAAACCUGGCUUAUUCAAUGGAAACUGCAAACUGAAGCUUGAGAGUGUGAUCCAAACGGUUUCAUAAACAGCAAGAGUGAUCUGUUCAGAGAAAGCUGAGUAUAAUUAGAUGAUGACUGAGAUUCUCUUCCCUUUACUCUCUCACUCUCUGUCUCUGUACUCCACCCAUUUCCCUCCCUUUCUCCCUGGUGCUUCUUUUAUUUCCACCCAGUGAAGUACCAGUAAAUAGAAAAGAUUGUUGCGUGCUGUUAGGUGAUUUUAUAAUAUGAAAAAAAAAGUAUUUACCUGUAAACCAGGGGACACUAAAUCUUCUUUAUCAGUGUUUGGUGCUAAUGUAGUCUGAGGUGUGCAGUUCAAAGGCAGGCUCACUGGGUCCUCCCUGUGUUUCCUUAGGACUAACACCCUGUUAGAGAAGGUGGCUGCAGCGGUGGAGCAGUCAGCCUUCUACAGUGCCUUGUGGGGCAGCAUCCUUACCAGCCCUGCUGUGCGUCUCCCCGGGGUGUCCUUUGUUUUGCUGCACCUCAAUCGCAAGCUCUCCAUGGAGGACCAGCUCUACGUCAUGGGCAGUGACAUUGAACUCAUGGUAUGGGACAGCAUACUGCAGCAAGAACAGUCCAUUAGAUGAUAUAUUCAUACAGUGGUUCUCAAGUCCAGUCCUCGAGCCCCCCACUGUCCUGCAUGUUCAGGAUGUUUCCCUGCUCCAACACACCUGAUUCAAAUGAUCAGCUCGUUACUAAGCCAUUACAGAGCUUGAUAACGAACUGAUCAUUUGAAUCAGGUGUGUUGGAGCAGGGAAACAUCCAAAACAUGCAGGACAGUGGGCCUCAAGGACUGGACUUGAGGACAUACAUCAGCAACAUUAAAUUAAACUCAUGAGGACCAAAGCCAGGUGGUAACAAAUCCACUAAAUUACCAGGAGAGUCACAAAUCAAUUGGACUGGCAUGAGUUGAUUCUUUCAGAUUGUAUACCCUUGUUGGUUUAAUCUCAUUCACUGUGUUGACAGAAAUAGGUAAACAGUAAUAAGCUGUUGUGUUUUCUUGAAUGUGUUGACUUGUUAAAUAAAAGUGUGCCUCUGCUCUCUCUCCAGGUGGAGGCUGUCAGUACCUCAGUCCAAGACUCCAGUGUGUUAGUGCAGAGAAGCACCCUGGAUCUUAUCCUCUUCUGUUUCCCCUUCCAUAUGAGUCAGGUAUGCAAAACUGUGUGAUCCAGGCCUUGCUUUAAUGCAGUCUAAAAAUGAUGUGUGUCACAUAUGGCCAAAAUGCACGGAGCAGAUGGUAUAUGUAUAAAGUGAGAAUGCAGUUGUUUUGCAGGGUUUGGAAGUAAAGAAAAAGAUACUGAAUUAAUCAACUUUUUUGAUCACACAUUUAAGGAUUUUUAUUUAUUUAUUACAUUCUCAAAAGUAAUGAUAAAAUGUCCACUAUGGUAUCUUGCUUCAUGACAUUACCUGUAACUGUAACAGUUGUGAUCACUUUGAAAUGUGUUAGCUUAUUCAAGUUUGAGCCCCUCUCUGAGGACUGCAUAUUUCUGUGUGACAACCAAAUGAAAAUACCAGCCGUCUAAAAAUAGAAUGAACAGUGUGAAGUCCACCUGGUCAUGCUGGGCUCUGUGGUGAGUGGAACGGAUUCAGUUGAUUGAAUUAGACACAGUUUUUCAGAGUAAUCUGGCUGAUGUGUGGUGUCACGUUUGUCUACUAUAUAUGUGGACUUUCACAGUUUUGAUUAGAAUAAAUUCGUUAUUGUGUGUAUUGUUAUUACAGGCUUCUUUAAACAAUAAUUAGAGUCAGCUUUAGUAUCAAUAAUGACUUUGAUGCAAUUGUAUAUCACAUUCGAACAUGUGUCUGUCUUCUUCUAAAUUUUAAAAUGAAAUUUUGACAAGAGCAGUGGUAGAAACUCAAGCUCACUACUUGCUUAACUCUUUACCUAAUGUUUCUGCACCUGUCAGGGUCUGGACAUAGCUCUUUUCUUACAUCUGAAAUGCAUGUGUGUGUUGGUAUGUGUCUGCAUUUGUGCACUUUAUAUGUGUUUAAGUGGGAAAGUGACAGAGAGAAUCAAUUACAAAUACUUUGCUCUGCUCUGCUGUGUUUAGGCGACUCGCCCCGACAUGAUCAGGAUCCUGUCAGCAGCUCUGCAUGUGGUUUUGAGAAGAGACAUGUCCCUCAACCGCAGACUCUACGCCUGGCUGCUGGGUAUGAAACACACACACACACACACACACACACACACACACACACACACACGCUGACAGUACUGAGAUUCAAAUUUCUAAGGGUUCCCACUCAUCAUAGAGUUUUUAAAAUAUUGUACAUUUAGUGAAAAUACUUAAACCUUUGGAUACAAAUUGUUCUGUUUCAUGUCACACAUUCAGAAGUAAUUCACAGUGUGCUCUGUUGCUAUUUUGGUUUUUAUAUUCUAUGGAACUUGUGUCUGUUUUGGUCAUUGUCUUCUUGGUUUAUUUUCCCUUUUUUGCUUCUCACCGUGGAUGAACCUAAUGGUAAGUGAGUGCUUAGCCUAGAAUGGUCACUGACUGUAUGACAAUAACUCACCCCUCAAAAACUGACACUGAAUGCAACAUCAUGCGAGAUUUCUUAAUGGCAAAAAGCCAAUGCAAAGCAGCCAAGACUUAUGGUCUAGCCUGGCUCAGAUCGGUGUGGGUCUGGCCUUAGUAAAAAGGAAGAUACUUAGUCUUCCUGCUAAACAUAACAAUACUAUCGGCUGCUUUCUGGAUACUUUCUUUGCUUUGUCCUGAAUGUGUAUCUGAGUAAUUAUGUGAUUAUAACUGUGUUGUUUUUGUAUUCUGAAGGCUUUGACAACAAUGGGGUGAUGAUAGGCCCUCGAAGCACCCGACAGAGCAACCCAGAGGAGCACGCUAGCCACUAUUUCAACACCUUCUCCAAAGACAUGCUGGUCCAGGUGAGGCUUCAAGUUAAUUGUAAAAGUCGUAGUUGAAAAAUGUCACAAGCUUAAGUAAAGGUAAAAAUAGCUUUUACAAUGUUCCCUGAAUUAGAUGUCUCUCAGGAGCUUACGUGUAUUGGUAUGAGUCGGGGAAGUGUGUGCAUGAUCUGCAGAUUUUCAUCUGUCUUCUCUGCUUUUCAAUAACUCUAUCUUCUUUCAUGCUUCUUCCAACACCCCCCACACAUCUUCCCUGGUGUUUGCAAAAAAUUUCCUACUCUUUCCUCCUAUUCCUCCCAAAGGCCCGUCCUUUUGAAGAUACUUAUCAGUCCUGCAGACGGGCCUCAUACACACACACACAUUUACACACUUGAGUAAUUUGUACUUUAAAGCUCAAAAGAACCUAAUCUACCCUCCUCACGUGGGCUCUGGCUCUCCAGGGGUCGGUAUACAGGGCACACAGAGCAACAAGGGGGGAAGUUUUUAUUUUUUUAGUGUUUCCGAUUUUUUUGUUUUUGGUUUGUUUUUGUUUUCCCUUAGUUUGUUUUUUUGUUGCCGGCUCUGCCAUCUGCUCUGAGUUAGUUAUUGGAGCUCCCUCCCCUGGGAGACGGUUUAUACUUCAGAGACUGUCUGUUCCUGGCUUCGGCCUAUUAUGUGGCAGACGAAGCGUGAAACACAUACAGAAACAAAAAAAUCAAAGGGGGCUCAAAAGAAAACCUUUAAAACGGUUUUUAAAAAAAGUGCCCUGUGGAGUUUAGAUGUAUUUUGAUCUCAAAUGUCAUCAAGGUGUGUUCAUCUUUGUGUGUUUCCACUCACUUCAGGCAAUGGUAGGGAUUCUGCAAGGCAAGGCCCGAGGUGGAGAAGAAGAGAGCAUCCUCAUGCAUGACCUCAAGCCUUUUCGCAUCCUCAUCAGUUUGCUGGACAAACCAGAGUUGGGUAAGCAGUAUUUGAAUGAGCACGCAGCAACACGCUGGCGAGUUCUUUCAAUCUGUAAAUAAGGCUGUCUCAAUCCUCAUAUUUAUCCCACUUUUCAGGUCCAGCAAUCCUCGAAGAUGUUCUGAUUGAGGUGUUCAGAACUCUACACACACAGUGCAGAACAGAGUUGGACCUCCAAAACCAGAGUCCCUUCAGCAAAGACCACACACACCUCAGCAGGUCAGUGAGAGGAUGACUGAAGCUACAGACUGAUGAUCAGUCUUUACAUUAUAAGUUCAUUUAAGUGAACCAGUCAACAAGUCUUAAUCACUAGCAUUGUAUUGAAUGUUUAAUGAUAGGGUUUUGCUUUUUCCCUCCUUUCUCAGCAAACUUCGAGAAAACAAGAAGACAGCUGAACUGAUUAAAACAGCCAACCUCCUCUUUAACUCGUUUGAGCCGUAUUACAUGUGGGACUACAUCGCUCGAUGGUUCGAGGAGUGCUGCAGGUCCGUGUGUUAAAACUAUUGUAGAAUACAUAUGCACCUGAGAGAACACUCACUGAGUUAUAACUUAACUUUCGAGAGUAGAGGUCUAAAGAAUAGGGGGUGACAUCUGAGGAAGAUUGAAGUUGCUUUGUUGUUACUGAAACAGAUUUUGGAUUAUUAUUCAGAUUCCAGCAGUGAUAUUUUUAUCUUCACAAAGGCUGCUGUUGUCAUGUGACUUACCUCUUGUUUUGCUGUGCUUUAGCUAUUUCCAGCUGCUAAAAGUUCCUCGUCCACAUACACAACUGCCAGAGCAAAGACUAUUAUGUCAUCAAUCCUGAAGGUAACCCACAGUCCACUCACUAACCCAUAAUCAAACAACGUGCCUUCGUUGCAGGAGGACCCUCAACAGCAGCACCCGUGCACCACAGCUUGCUUGGAGCUUUGAUCCUCCUGAGCUGUCAUUGGUGGAAUUCUGUCAGCUGGUGGACUUCCUGUUGGAUAUAGUUUCAUUGGUGAGACUCUGAAGUUUGAAUGCCUCUCUUUAUUUGUUUCUUAUUUCUUUUUCUCUCUGUAUGUUUGUCAUUUUGUUAUUUUCUGCCUUCUUUUUCUUUUCUUUUCUUUUUCCUUUGACCUUCUGUUACUGCUUUACCUUCACUAAGGACUUCAUUUUAACUUAAGAAAAUUGACCUUUUCUGAAUCCUAACUAUUUUAAGACACACUUUCAUGUUAUUCAAUCUGUAUUUCUUUGUCUUUUUAAAAAGACAAAGAAAAUGUCUUCUUAAAAAGACAUUUUUGAUAUGAUACAUCUUCUUCCUUUCCCUCCCUGCUGUCAAAUCUUCCUUCCUUCCUAUUCUCUCUAAAGUUUCAUUUUCUUUUCUGUCUUCAGGACCUUCAAUAAUCAUCAGUUUCUGUCUCAUUCUGUCUGUCGAGUCUUUGUCAUAAACAUUUCACACUCCCUUGUCUCCUCUCUGUGCUCAGAACUCUUAAAUUUUGUGUCUUCUUUUUGGCAUUUUUACUCCUGUGUGUUUACUACAAGAACCUCUAUGAAUAUAUGCAAAUUGGCCCUCAUGUUGUCAGAUUUGUCGUCCAACUCCAUUUUUGAAACCAGUUCUGAGAUGCCACACUUGGGAGAAAUUUGUGCGUGUGUACCUCCCGUCUCUCCUGCGUCUGUGCACUGUGUGAAAUCUCUUCAUAGGUUCAAAAAUGUUCUUUUGGCUUUUUUUUUCUGCCAAUAAUUUUGUUUGCAUCCCUUUAGAAAAAGGCUUUUCUUCAAAGUAUUUCCAAUCUGUGCAGUUUGGAAAUCUCUCACUCCCGUAUUACCCUGUUAGAGAGCCUGUUUGUGCGUGUUUGUCCGAAAGAGCGAGAGAACGAGAACCUUGUGUUCUGUGAGUUUGAGAGAGAAGAAAGUGUAUGGGUGAUUCUGCAAAAAACAAGUGUUGUGUGGCCUGUGCUCUGCUUGCUCUUGUCUGUUCAAACUAUCUGCUCUUUCUCCUUGAAGCCUACUAGAAGCAUGAGGGUAAUCUGCCAGGUAAAGUACUGCUCUUUCCUGCUUUUUCACCUCACCCUGCUUCACUGAGGCUACGAUAACAUUUCUGCAAUGUCCUGCCAACAUCCCCCCGGCCAUCUUUGUUCCUGCUCUGCUUUGAGUGAUCAUUUCAGUAUGAUUGACUGACUGUCAUAUUUGAUUGUAAAAAUAAUCCGAUGGAAGAGGUGGGAUUAUAACAGUCAUCCCAUGUGGUGAACACUUACCCUGGCUGUUUGGUGUGGAUCUUGUGAAAAUGAAAUCUUUGCCCAGUGUGUAUGUGUGUUUUCUUUGAAGCGUGCAUGCAGCUACAUGCUACUGCGUUGCUCACAUAUUUGUUGAAAAUAUGACUAUGGUAAUUUGCCCCAUGGUGUAAUGCUCAUUUUAUGAUUUUUGUUUUUGCUCUGAUUUUUUUUAUUGUAAAAGUGUUUCUUUGUGAAGUCGAAAUAUCUGUUUAAAAAAAGACAAAUAAAUAAAUAAAUAAAAAUGCAUUCAUUGUAACUAGGGCUGUAAUCAGCCAAAGAAAUUCUUGAUCGAUUAAAACCCUAAAAUUUUCGACCAAAAAUCGACUAAUGGGGGGUUCGACUCUGACCGCAAACCCUUCUGCUGCGGGGACGACGCGGCUCGGCGGAGCGCGACUGGUCGUGGUGAGAAUAUAGUGAUAUCAGCACAGAAAGGCAAUUGAACACAAAAUGCAAGUUGAAACGCUCAAAAUAAAAAUAAAUAUUUUGCAAACCACCGGACAUUGAUUAACGUGGACGUUCUAUAAUCUGCCUGUGUCCUGUGUCUCCAGUGGGUUGGGCGAAACCAAAAUGGUGAAAACAAGGGGGGUUUUCUGAGACAGGCUGUUACCUGUGAAACGGGGGUGCUCUGAAAACACCCCCAUACCUUUUGGUACGUUCCACCUAAUGAAAUUAACCAUAGACUGUAAAUUGACGCGGAAAAAAAUCGAGUCGACCGAUGAGAAUUUUGGUCGACUCAACACGUAUCGACUAAUUAGUCGACCAGUCAACUAGGACUUUACAGCCUUAAUUGCAACACACAGAAGUGCAAGAGUUCAUUAAAUCAUACGUUGUUUGCAGUCAGAAAUGUAAUCUAUUCAUGGAUACAAAAAAGUCUAUGACACAGAGAGCCCUGGGAACUUCCACAUUCCUGCAAUUGAACGCUUACUUUAUUUACACAUAGGCCAAAAAAAGGUCUAGGAUCACUCUUUAGGAUCAUGUAUAUUUAAUAACAUAAAGUAACAACAAAAAACGGCUUCAUCAUUUACUUUGACAUUGAAAUUAAAGUAGAGCACUGAUCAUGUUGAAGACUAUUUCAUUACAAUAUAAUCUCCUUCAUCUUGCUGUGCUGUUAUUUGCCACCCCACUUGACUUCUGAUGUUUUCUACAUGUCCAGGAGACCUACAUAGAGAUCCAGACGGAACAUCUCCCUCAAUUGCUUUUGCGCAUGGUGGCAGCUCUGACCUGUCACCUGCAAACCCUGGGCCUCGGUGAGCUCACCCACUGCCUUCGUCUGUGCUCCAAAAUCCUCAGCAAAGUGCAGCCGCCGUUGGUGUCCCCUCUGGCACUGCCGUCGGGCUCCCAGGCUCAGGGUCUGUCUACUUCCACAAGCAACCUGUCAAACUCAGCAAGGGAUAAGUGCAAAGAAAAGGAGGACAAACAGGUAAAGAAAACUUUAACAACAUUAAAGGAAUUGAACCAGAACGGGUAUUAAUCAAGGAGUUUAAUUUCAGGUUUUUCGGCCACUUGAUGUUUUUAAAUGGGAUCACAGUCAAAUUGAUCCGUCAAAGCAAACUGGAACUAUGAAUGAACACGAACCGUAGGCCAACUUUUCACUUUGAACAGCAUUGCCAGCUGAUAAUUCUGUUCUUUCUCUGAUCCUUAAAAGUCAUUUGAUAAAAAGCAUAGAGCUUUUGGCCGCCCCAGUAAAAGCAAAUCCCGGUUUGACCCAUUCCCCCUACAAGUUAUUGCCCAAAACUCCAUCCGUUCAGCUUCUGAUGGUGUGCCCUGGUCCCUGAACGGGGGCCCUUCUGGCUCCCGUUGGCUCCUGCUAGCCCCCUGCCCCAUGCUUCUGUUGGCGAGUUGGUCCCAUGACUGGCCCUGCCAUCCCAUUCUCCCUUGACAUAAGGCAUUUGAAGAGUUGUGUAGAGCAAAUGCUUCGUUUGGCUGCUCUGGUCCUCCUGGUCCCUGCCCAGCAACCUGGUUGUUUCAGUGUUUUAAAGCUCAUUGACAUAUGAUAAAAAGUUCAGUCAGUUAGUCUCAUGCUUAGAGAUGGUUACAGGCUUGAUAGAUCGAGAUAGGUCCAUGAGGAGUAGAAGAGAGAACGAGUAGAAAGACAGAAGAUAGUUUACCGACAGCUGAGCCCAGCUUGCUUUUACUCUCUGUGGAAGAAGAGGAGUAGGCUGGCCUGAUAUGCCUCCUCGGUGAGCCGUCUCCAUCCGGGUGGAAAACAUUCUACAUACAUCCUCUUACCGUAGCAUCCUCAUAACCCCACCCCCACCCUGAGGGCCGAAUAGGGAACGUGUCAGCCAACGUGCCAUCUGAGGCCAGGCUUCAGAAUGUGUUUGCUGCCUCUCUAUCUGAAUACUUCUGGGGAAGCUGUCAGGCCCCCAAAGACUUCCUUAGACAAAGAAUUAGAAGUCUGUCAGUCUGUCUGCAGCAGGAUGCCAGUCUGGUGUGCACUUCAGUGUUACACAAAGUCCAGCAGUUUUGGAUUCGCUAUAGUAUCAUCAAUCUACGAAACACUCAACUGUGAAGUGGUGAGGUCGAUUUAUUUGAUGACUUAGAGAUGAAAACUAAUAGAAAGAAACAUAUUCAGAAAACAUCAAGAAUGAAGUUAACCUUUGACCUAUUACAUUUAAAGGCUGCUUUAGUCAUAAAUGAUGUGAGUAAAUCUCUUGAAAUUGUGUUGAUUUUAAAUGAGAAAGUAUUUCAGCUGUAAUGUCUGAAGAGAAAUUUCAGCAUCGUCUUUGAUUGGGUUGAGUUGAGUACAGCGUUUAUGAAUGAUCUUUAGGAACACAUUGAAAAAGCACGUUGACUUCACCCGUUGGCUCUUGUGCACAGAUCUACACACAAGUAUCUCCCUGUGGUCCCAUUAGGAUGAGCUAAACUUCAUUCACCACUUCCUCGGUGCUCUGUCCUCCACAGGUUUUGCCCUCUACAGUGGAGCUGCCUGGCAACAGGGAAGUGUUUGAGGAAGGAGACAGCCUCCCAAGUGGUCGCUCCUCAGAGAGCGGUUUCACAGACUUUAUCCAGUACCAGGGAGACGGCCAUGAGGAUCCAGAGCGCACCCCUCAUCCCCACCCAGCAAUCAAAGCAGGGCGCCGCUCUUCAGGGCCAUCUCAGGCCAAGCCCUUGGACAAACCAGUCAUGCAGUGCUGCCUGGAGCAUUUCCAGCAGUUUCUCUCCAGACUUAUCAGUUUGUAUAUCACUCCUGGGCAGAGGCACAAAGCUGAGACUGAAAAGGGUGAGAUCAUGCAGACGGGCACCCUGGUUUUAGAGGACUGCCAGAACAGUAGUCAUAUAGAUCCAGGAUCCAGUGUGCUACAAAGGGAGUGUGCUGCUGCCUUCACAGCUGCCUGCCAGCUCUUCCUAGAAUGCUCUAGUUUCCCUGUCUACAUCGCAGAAGGCAACCUCAAGUCUUCACCCGCACAGGACGAGCAGUUUGGUAUGUGUCAAUAACUCGAAGACUUCAUUGCUAUAUGGAAUUUAACAUUAAAGUGGGUUUUCUAAAAUGCAUUUUUGUAGCUUGCAUCUUCGGUCACAUAGAUGCUUCACAUGUCGGUUAAGAAACUUUGUGUCCUCUCUGCUGUACAGACAGUGAGCAGGUCCGUCUGCCAGGAUGGCUGCAGACCCUGAUGGACGCCUGCUGCCUGGCCAGUGAUUUUAGCUUGCAAGGCGUCGCCAUCUCCCUGCUCAUGGACCUCGUGGGACUCACCCAGUCGGUUGCUAUGGUGACUGCCGAGAGCGUGGCAUCUGGCGGCAGCUCUGAGGCCACCCAGCCCAUGAGCCCCAGCCAGGGCCGUGUAGCUGUUGUCAUCAGGCCACCGCUCACUCAGGGAAUCCUUAAGUACAUCGCUGAAAAGACUGACUUCUUCAAGGUAGAAUCCUCAUGUUAGGAUCUAAUUAAUUUGGCAGGACUUAAAAAGAUUAACAGCGUUAACCUUGUUUCAUCUUCAAUCUGUCCACAGAAUGUAGCUGUGAUCUUAUGGGACCAGCUGGGUGAAGGAACCCCUCAGCACCACCAACGCAGUGUAGAGCUCUUCUACCAGCUCCACAACCUGGUGCCCUCCUCCAGUAUCUGUGAGGACGUCAUCAGUCAGCAGCUCAUGCACAGAGACAAGGUUUGUACACCAGUAAUAACAACAACAACACACAAUCAGUACACUCUAUGUUGUUGAUCAAACUCAAGCAGAUGUCAUUUCUCUUUCAGAGAAUACGGCUGGAGGCUCAUGUGAAGUUCUCUGUGCUGUGGCAUUUGACACGGGAUCUAAACAUGACCAAAUCCUCGCCUUUUAAUCGCACAUUUGACAGGUUUGAUGAGUGAUGCCGCUUCUGUUGUUUAUUUAUUUAUUUGAAGGGACAUGCAUGAUUACAGCUGAAUCUGUUACCAAGUCUGUUUCCCUUCUUGUGAAUAUUCAUCAUCAUUUUAUUCCUUAUCUUUCGAUAUCAUCAUUUCAUAAAAUGUUCUCUCGGUCUCCAGAUCUCUCUUCAUCAUGCUCGACAGUUUAAGUUAUUGGGAUCCUUGUACCAGCGCUGUCGGCCGGGGUUGGCUGAAUCAGGUCCUUCAGAGACAUGAUAUUGCUCGGGUAUUAGAACCCCUGCUCCUCAUCUUGCUCCACCCCAAGACCCACCGAGUGUCCAUUCAGAGGGUACAGUCCCAACGCCACUGGGCCCACAUUUUGCCCGAACCACGUGAUCAGGAACCAACAGAACCUAUUUACACACGAGACUCUGGAUUCUCUGACAGUAAGGGUUGAUUAAUGCUUCUUUUUGUAAAGUUUCCUAACAGAUUGAAAGUGCAUCUGUGUAUGAUCCUUCUCUUAUUUCAUUUCUGUCUUCCAGACUUUGGGGGGAGGGUGUCACAAGACGAGCUCCGAGGCCUGACAGUUGGUGACAUGGAGCCAUUCUGUCUCACUGUCAACCCCUUGAGUGACAGUCUGUCCUUACUGAGCCUGAGCAGUGAGAACCUGCAAUUAUCCGGUGAAUAUCAGCCUGUCGACCAGCAGGGGGAGCCCCAGAGCUCAGAGUCGAGCGGUUCUCAGUCGUCCACAGUGGAAAUUGGCAGCUUUGAAGAACAGGAGGGCGUGAGCAGCACAGUUAAUGGCUCAGACCAGCUGCCCGGUUUCUUAGAUGACAUGUCUGAGGACUCUGUUGAGGAGGCUGUUUCCUCUGUUGUAAAAGAACUGAUAGAAAGGGUUGUGUGUUUAGUGGAGGAGGGAUCUCUUGAUGUUUCACCUCCUCCUGAAAACUGGCCCCUGACGGACACAGACAGCACCUCUUCAGAUACCUCCACAGGUCUCCGUCUGGACUCCGGCUCACUCCCCGUCUCCAACCAUCAGACUCUGCCCGAGAUGCUGGCUGGAGGAACGCUGGAGUUUCUCUCUGUCUCACCGGCUGAUGUGUCUGCAGAGGAGCAGCACCGAGAAGGCAUCACUCGUCAUAGCUCGUCACCGUCUAUUGUCACAUUGCCAGACCUCUCUAACCCAGUCACUCCUGAUAACAACCUCCGUGUGGAUGACCCUCAAGCCCGUAAACGUAGCCACAGCAGCACCCAGCUCAGCCUUAAAGGGAAGAUCAUGGAGAGGCUAGUGGACAAAUCUCCUGGAGCAAAGCCCAAAGUCAAGAAGGCCAAGAGGAAAGAGGAGGAGAAGCAGAGGAAGAUGGCAAAUCAAGCCGAAAAACUGCGACCCCCAAGUAUUUUCUUUGGAGACAGUCUGGAUCUAGAGAACUGGUACAGCUGCGGGGAGGGAGAGGUGUCCGAGAUUGAAAGUGAUACAGGUUCACCCAGCGGGGGCUCUGUACCACCGCUGGGUAUCACAAGGCGCAGAUCAUCCCCUGCUCCUCCACGUUUCAACAUCCACCCUCUUUACCAGCACGUCCUGCUCUACCUUCAGCUGUACGACUCCUCCCGGGCUCUCCACGCACUGUCAGCCAUCGCAGCGAUGUUAAGAUCUGCUCCCUCAGGAUUUGUAAGCGCGAUCUCCACCACCAGCAUCAACAACACCUACACUCCACAGCUCUCUUUGCUCCAGAACCUCCUGGCGCGUCACAGGGUGUCAGUCAUGGGCAAAGAUUUCUACUGCCCAAUACCCCAGGAUUCACACUCCCAUUCAUUCCGCAGUGCCAUGUACCUGGAAAUCAUUAUUUCACUCUGUCUCUACUUCCUAAGAAGUUAUUACUCGGCACAUGUGGCAGCAUGCCCGCAGGACUUGGCAGGGAACCGGGCCAUGCAGCUGACAAGCGUGGAGGUCUUAACUCUCCUUUUUAGCGAACUAGGCAAAGUCACAGGGGGCUCGGCGAAAGGCUUCGCUAGCUUUAUCAGCGAUGUCCUCUCCAAGUGCAAGGUUCAAAAAGUGGUUCUUCACUGCUUACUGUCUUCAAUAUUCAGCGCUCAGAAAUGGCACGAGCAGCGGGUGUCAGAUGUUAACGUGGCCACAGUGGAGGAGGGUCUGUCAGAGGACAGUGUGAUCAACCUGUCAGAGGACCAGAUCGACAGCUGCAGCGCCGUCCAGUCUCAGCUGCUCAGACUUCUACAGAGCCUUAUCGUACUCGAGCACCGAGUUCUUGUGCCGGCUGAUGAAGGAGGAGAGGGAGGACCUGUAGGAGGAGGUUCAGGAGUCGGAGGGACAGGAAGCGGUCCUGGGGCUGGGUUUGAGAUCAUCGGUGGCGAAGUGGAGCAUGUGAACCCACAACAGCCAAUGACAUCACUCCAAUAUCUUCACGGCCAGCCUAUCACCGCACAGGGUAUGUUUCUGUGCGCAGUAAUCAGGGCGCUACAUCAGCACCACUCCUGUAAGAUGCAUCCCCAGUGGAUUGGACUCAUCACUGCCACCCUGCCGUACAUGGGUAGAAUGCUGAGGAGGGUGGUGGCUUCAGUCACUCUGCAGCUGUGCAGGAACCUGGACAACCUUCUCCAGCAGUACCGCUAUGAAAUGGGGAUCACUGACAGCAGGUAUAAAGUGACGCAUUCAUCUCACUGAUGAGAUUUCACAGAGAUAGCCCCAUCUGCCCAUCUAGGUACAGCGUUCAUGCAGUCCAAUAUAGUAGAAGAGUUGAUCAAUAUUCAGCCACUAGAUGGGACCCUACACCACUAGAUGAAUUGGCUUUAAUUGUACAUGAUACUCCAGCAAUCCUUCUGUUUUAUUAUUUGUGAUGUAGAUGCUUGAAAUGUAGAAUUUGUCCAGAAGAAUGAACCAUCAGGAACAUUUAUUAAUAAGACUACAUAAUCCUGCUCCAUCUUUCAGACCUCAGUGGAUGGCUCUCUGCAUCCCUCCUGACCUCAUUCUUACAGUUCUUGAGGGGGUGACAGCCAUCAUCCAUUACUGCCUGCUGGAUCCCACUUCCCAGUACCACCAGGUGAGGGCGCUAUGCACCAACUAAUUGUUCUGAAUUUCUCUGCUCUUUCUCUCACAGUAUUUUCAGCUUCUUGUACAUAUUUCUCUCCAUGCAUGCAGCUAUCUCUGAAUGCAGUUUCCUUCUCUGUUUCCUACAUCUUUUUGGCCACAUUAUUUUGAUUUCACUUUAACCGAGAUUUGUUUCGUUGCAUAUUCUUCCAGUUGCAAGUGAGUGUUGACCAGAAGCAUCUGGCUGAGGCUCGUUCAGGUAUCCUGUCCAUCCUCCACACCAUCAUGUCCUCUGUCACCUUGCUGUGGAGUGUCCUCCAUCAAGCAGACAACUCCGACAAGCCAGCCGCUGCCUCCGCUGCCUCCACUUCCAACAUCAACCUCGGCUCCACUAAGGUACACCCACAAACACGUCGAGUUUUUGUUGAAAAAUGAUGACAAACUGUUUAAAACACAUAUAUUUCACUGUUUCACUCCCUUAGACAGAAAUUUUAAAAGAGUCUAAAGGAUAGUCACAGGAUGUUUGUAGCGUCAGUGUGGAUUGCAGUGUUACUAUUUGCAAUGUUAGUCAUCAGCCAUUGGGCCACCUAACUUCCUAACAUCUGUUCUGCAGAACCUCCGGCAGCAAAUAUUAGAGCUUCUGGGUCCAAUCUCCAUGAACCACGGUGCUCACUUCAUGGCAGCUAUUGCCUACGUUUGGAAUGAGAGGAAACAGGUCAAAACUCCAGUCAGAAAUAAGGUGGGUGUUCUUGUAAAGAUAGAGAGCCCAGGCUUUUAUAGAAUGGGGUACUUUUCUGAUGCCUGAAUUAUAAACUCUUUACAUCAGACGUUGUUAGCAGGGCAGUAAGCAGCAGAGGGGAAUAUAGAGCUGUACUCUUUGAUCACAUCUUUGAGUUAUGUCAGAAAGUAGAGGAGGUUUGUAAUGACAGGAAUCAUGGGGGGUUGUUGAGUCUGAUGUGAAAAAUAACAGCCUCAUAUUUGUGUCACUGACUCCCCGUCAAGCAUCAGUCCUUUGUGAUGCUCAGACUCCAGUUUGGACCCUGUAAAUCACUGUGUUUAUACCGUUUGUAGCAGGUGAUUCCUGUUGCGAGUGAAGAACAGCUGCUGCUGGUUGAGCUGGUUCGCUCAGUGAGUGCCAUGCGCACUGAGACGGUCAUGCAGACUGUCAAAGAAGUGCUGAAGCAGCCACCUGCCAUAGCAAAGGACAAGGUUUGUGUUAAAGUGUUUAUUAAUGAACUCCACUGAUAGAAGAGUUUAUCUCUAUUUUCUUUGUUCUUUUGUAAAAAGCCAUUAGACACAGCAGAGUCUCUGUCUGUGAUUAGUAUAAAGGCAACUACUGACACUGCUGUUUUUCAGCUUUUAUUAAAACUUGAACAUGCUUCAUAAAUCAUGAUAUUAUUAAAGUAAGACACUGUGAUUAUUACUCACAUGAAGCUAUUUCAUAUUGUCAUCACUCAUUACACAUUGUUAUUUCUUUGCCGUUCCCACAGAAGCACCUUUCUUUGGAGGUCUGCAUGUUGCAGUUCUUCUAUGCCUAUGUCCAGAGGUGAGCCUAUUGUUGCCAUAUAGCAGCGUACAUAACUACAAUAUCAAUACCUCUAUCUCUACAUCUCCCAAGAUUGUCAGUGUUGUUACCGAAGCUCCACAUGUGCAGAGCUUUCUAACUUCUGAAAAGUCAUAUCUUGUGUUUUUGUGUCUCUCCCAGGAUCCCUGUGUCCAGUUUAGUUGAUAGUUGGCCGUCUCUGUUGGCACUGCUAAAGGACUCGGUACCAUUAGGCCUGCCUGCCCCUGGACAGUUUCUUAUCCUAGGGUUGGUUUCUUUUGCUUCACUGCUUUCAUUCAGAUUUUACUUUACUCUCACUGCAUCUCGGGUAUUACAUUUUAAAUGCAUCACUUCUGUUCGUGUUGAGAGGUUACUCAUUCUUUAGUGGUCAUAGUGUUAAUCUGAUUUACUCUGUCUGUAGAGACUACAGCUCUUUCACUUGUACAUUAUACUCUUGAAUUUAUUUCAUACACACAUCUCUCUCUGGUUCCUUUUUAUCUUGCAGAGUUCUGAAUGAGUUUAUUCUGAAGAACCCCAAUCUAGAAAGCAAAAAGGACCAACGAGAGCUGCAGGUGAGCGCUGCAGCCAACUCCUGAUCAGCCCUUGUCUUUUUAAAAAAAAAAAUUCUCUUGAAGUUAUCAUGUUUAAAGAAAUAAAAUAACUCACAGUAAAUUGACCAGAUUGGACCAGACGUUUUACUGAAUAAACUAAAUAUUACCUGUGUACUCAGGAUGUGACCCAUAAGGUGGUGGAAGCCAUUGGAACAAUUGCAGGCUCCUCGUUGGAGCAAACCACAUGGCUGAGAAGAAACCUGGAGGUCAAGGCUUCCCCUCAGAUUGUUGUAGACGGAACAAAUCUGGAAGCUGAUGUAGAAGGUAUGAUGGCCAUAAAUGCUAAAGAAAACAGCAUCGCUAACGCUAUAUCGUAGCUCCAACUAGAUUCACAAUGAGCUUUUAACACUGAUGUCAUGAGACCAUGACAUUAUUUCAUUGUGGUUUUCUAGUGAGUUUGUAUAUUUAGUUGGCAGCUUGGAUACUGACCUUAUUUUGUGUGUGUAUAUUAGGAGUGGGAAUCACUAGUGGCCCCACGAUAUGAUAUUAUCACAAUACUUGUGCCACGAUUCGAUAUUAUUGCGUUUUAAAAAAUUUUGCGAUACAAUGAGUAUUGCGAUACAGUAUUUUGCGAUUUCUACAAUUUUUCAACUGCUUAGUUAAUUCAGCAUUUGUCUGUCCAUUAUGUUUGUCUUAUUUACACAGUAUUUUAUUUUCAUGUAGCACAUCUUGCAGACCUUAUAUGUCAUGUUCAUCUCAUUUGUGCCCUGCUGCAAUCCUAAUGUCCCUUCCAGGUGCUGUUUGUUGCACUUUCUCCUUCUCCAUGAUGUCACCUCUGCCAGCCUCACUGGACAAACUGUUGAUUUUAUUUUUCCAUUAUCAUAGAAUUGAGUUCAUAUUAGCAAUUAAUUUGAAAAAAUCGAUACUUGGUAAAUGAGAUGAUAUCACCAGACGAAAUAUCGUGAUUCUAUGCUGUAUUGAUUUUUUCUACCACCCUUGAUGUAUAUAUGUUGUAUAUGAUCAAGGUUUUCUGCAUAAUCAUGGCAGCUGUUAAAUAAAGGGAAGACAAGUAACAAGUAACCCAACUAUGAGUAACUCAAACUACACAAAAGGGGUCAGAGCAAAAAGCAUGUGGUGUGACUAUUUCUCACAUUAUGUAUGUUUAGCAUGGCAGUAUUAACAUGUAGGCAACAUGGCUGCUACUUAUGUUGGCUGUGUGUGUUUUUGUAGAUUUAAUGCUCACAGUGAUGGAGGCCUCCAGCUUCACUCCAUCAGUGUACAGCGUUCACGCCCUCACGCUGCUGGCCGAGGUAAAACACCCCUCUCUCUCUUUGCCUCAGAUCUGCCCACCCUGCACACGUGUCCAGUCUCAGGACAUCAGUCAGUGACCCUGGAAAUUAUGUCUACUGUUCAUCUUGAUUGUUUACCGAGAUGCUUCCACUCACAUUUACCAGCAAUGUUUGAGCUCGUUGGUCUCAGGCACAGCCCUGCAAUCACUAAUACACUCCCACUGAGCUGAUUUAAGACUCCCUCCCCACCUCUGCUUCAAUUUUUAUUAGUGUACCAAUAAAUCAAUCGGCUCUACUAAGUGUGGGGCUUUCGGUGAGCUGAGUUGCACAAUAAAACUCCCUUGCAACCUUUUACCACUGAGGUCAUUUCAGCUCAGUGCUGGUUAAAUUAUGCAGAUUUUCUCUUUGCUCUGUGGUGCUAACUAACUAUAGAUUGUUGGAUUUAUUCCAGUUAUAAAUCAGGGCAACAUUGAUUGCAGAUUUACUCCUGGUGUGUGGUACUGAUACCUAUACCCCCUCAUGUCAAUUUCCUGUCAAGAAAUGCAUGCAGCUCAGUAUGUAGAAGAGAUUUCAUACUGUCUGCUGUCAGAGGAAAGUGUUUCUUUUUUUACUGUUGUCAUGUCCACUGAAAGCUUGAGGUGUAAGACUGACAAAUCUGGAUGCGGAAUUCUCUAGGUGCUGGCUCAUCUUUUGGACAUGGUGUUCUACAGUGACGAGAAAGAGAGGGUGAUCCCACUGCUGGUUAAUAUCAUGCACUAUGUAGUGCCCUACCUCCGCAACCACAGGUGGGGAUAAGCUUUUUUAUUAUUGAGUCAAACAUGAUGGUCUCUAAGAUUGUCUUUAAGACUGAAAAUGUUAAAUUUACAUCUUGUUUCAAAGUAAUGAAAGAUGAAGGUGAAACAUAUGACACGUUGAAGAGAUAAAUAAAAGGGAUCUUUUCAUGUUUGGAAGUGAAAGUGAAGUGUGGUGAAACCAAGAAUGAGAAGGUGUCGUAGCUUAUCAUUCUUAAGAGUUGUAUGUUUCCUGUUCUUCCUGGCAGUGCUCACAACGCCCCCAGCUACAGAGCCUGCAUCCAACUGCUGAGCAGCCUGAGCGGGUACCAGUAUACCCGACGUGCAUGGAAGAAGGAGGCAUUCGAUCUCUUCAUGGACCACACCUUCUUCCAGAUGGACUCCUCCUGCGUCAGCCAGUGAGUGGGAGUAGUAGUGUGUUGGCGAGUCCUUAUGAGGCUGGCUUGAAUAUGUAGCCUAAGUUAUAACACAAAGAGAAAGGGAGAAAACAUAUACAAACAAAAAAAAAACACUUCCUAGAUCAAACUUGCAUCCUCACAUCAUCAGAGGAGAAAAAUACAUUUCAGAGAAGUUUUGCUCAGUCUUAGUUCAGUGGUAACCCCUAGCGCUUGAUUUUACAAAGUCCAGAGAUUGCUUGAACAGCCAGAUUCAGAUUUUCAGGGUUGCUGCAGCUGCAUCAUUUUCUUCUAGAUAAAUAGACUUUGAUGCCUUUUGAUGACAUUUGCAGAAAUUGUAUUCUCACAUUCAGCAUUUGCACAAGAGAAGAAGGCGAGAUGAUGUGUUUCUCAUUAACUUUAAUGGGCGUAUGAUUCACUGCAUGCAUAUGAUGUUAUAGAAGAUGAGAAUAUAUAAAGAUUCCAUCAAUACAUCUUAAAUCAAAUCAUAGAUACAUUGAACUAGAUUGCUGUUUGUGAAAUGUCACUUCUAAUUUGAAUGCUGCCGUGUCUAAUUUUAUGUCUGAAUGUUUCUUUAAUAUUAAUCUAAACAAAAAAAUCCUUUUUUUUUUCAGCUGGAGAGCCAUCAUUGACCACUUGAUGACUCAUGACAAAACCACAUUUAGGGACCUCAUGAGUAAGUCGAAUAAUUAAAUUUCAAUUAUUAUAAAGUAGUUUUCACCAGGAGAGGUUACAGAUCAUUUACCUGAUCACUUUCUACAGGGUUUUCAGCGAUAUACUCCAAUCACAUCUUAUCGCAGACAGAAAUGAAUGUCAUUACAACAAGCUUUUUCAACUUGGAAUCUAUUCAUUCUGUUGCUCAUUAUUCUGCAAAAAAUUCUGAAUUAAGAUAGUUGAAGUCAGCUUAAUUUAUUUGUAUCAAAAAUCAGUGACUAUGUGUGUUUCCCUUUAGCUCGGGUGGCUGUAGCCCAGAGCAGCUCUGUGAGUCUCUUUACCAACCGUGAUGCCGAGCUGGAGCAGAGAGCCAUGCUACUUAAACGGCUGGCUUUCACCAUCUACAGCAGUGAGGUGGACCAGUACCAGAAAUAUCUCCCAGACAUACAAGGUAAACAAUUCAUUCUCACCAGGGUACAUCCAUAUACUGUAUGCUGCAGCAAUAAGGCCUUUAAGGUGAGAGAAAGUUCUCUGUUUUUAACUCCAUGAGAUGAGGGUAAGUGAUAUGUGUUCUAGGAAACUUAAGGUAUAAUCCUAUGAGUGGUAUUUCCAAUAAAUGAGCCUCAUAAAGAGUCCAACUGAGGACAAACUCAUAGGGAACCCCCUGAAAUAACAGUCAUGAUUAGCCGUAUUUUCAAGUAAGGUGUGCUUGUUGUCUUAAGAUUUGUUAUCCUGUUUCUAACACCACUUAGCUGAGCAGUGCAUAAAGUUGACUGUCAUUAUUGGUGUUCAGAGCGACUGGUGGAGAGCCUGCGGCUGCCUCAGGUGCCUAUCCUCCACGCUCAGGUGUUCCUGUUCUUCAGAGUCCUGCUGCUCCGCAUGUCUCCUCAACACCUCACCUCCCUGUGGCCCACCAUGAUCACCGAGCUGGUGAGAAUGACAACACACUGAUUAGAGUCGUUCUCUUGAUCAUUCACUCACAGUAGUGUCGUUUGUGUCUCUUUUUUUCCCCCUGUCUUCUGAGCAUAUUAGGCUACUCUAAUGUGCUCAUUUAUACACUUGACGUGUGUUUCCCUGCAGGUUCAGGUGUUUCUUCUAAUGGAGCAGGAGCUGACUGCAGAUGAAGACAUAUCAAGGUACAUUUGCUGACAAUAAUACUAACCUGGCUGCAGCAACAUGUUAGCAUUGUAAGUGAGGAUUCAUUCACUUCUGUUAUCUCUAGGACAUCGGGGCCAUCUGUAGCUGGGUUAGAGACCACUUACUCUGGUGGAAACGGCUUCUCCACCUCCUACAACAGCCAGCGCUGGCUCAACCUGUACCUCUCUGCCUGCAAGCUCCUUGAUCUGGCUCUGGCUCUGCCUCCUGAGAGCCUGCCUCAGUUUCAGAUGUUAGUGAAGCUUUAGUCAUAAUUAUGGCCUAUGCACAUGAUUGGGUUGGGUUAGGGAAUGAGUAAAAGACAUGAUGUGCUUCAUGUGGAAUUUCUGCAAUGCAAGCUUGUCAGUAUUUGGAAUGAAUGAAUACUGCAGAGAUUAUUUCAUAUGGCAGAAUUACCAAAUGUGGCAUGAAUGUGGAGGGUCGUAUGAUUGAGACAUUUGAUUACUUAGAUUUGAAACUCUGACAGCUUGUUAAAAAGGACAACAUUGUGUCAUUUCUGAGUGAGUCUUGCCUCAUUGCAGGUAUCGCUGGGCGUUUAUCCCAGAAGCAUCAGACGAUUCAGGAUUGGAAGUAAGACGGCAGGGGACUCACCAGAGAGAGUUUAAGCCCUACGUGGUCCGACUAGCCAAGCUGCUGAGGAAACGAGCCAAGGUAUCUCUCCCUUUCAGUCUUCACAUGGCUGUUAAAAUAAUGGAGAUAAAUGACUGUGUCACUCCAAGAGAGUGUGUAGGAGUCCAAGGUUGUGUAUUUCAGAUUAGUCUUUCAAUCUUGCUGCAUCAUCUCCCACCUGCAGGAUUGGAAAAUUAAUUUCCCCACUUGAUUAAUUAGUUACCCAUCUCCUCCUGUCUUAGAAAAACCCAGAGGAGGACUGCUCCACUCGAACCCUUUCCUGGGAGCCAGGUCAUCUGAUGCUGACCCUCUAUGUGAUCCGCAGCAUGGAGCAGCUGCUCCCUUUCUUCAACCUGCUCAGCCAGGUAUUCAACAGCAAGGCCAGCAGCCGCUCAGGUCCCACCUACACCCAUAACCCUGCUGAUGCUUCCUUCCAAAGCCACAAGGAGGGCCACAAACUGGAGAGCCAGAAAGUGUUCUGGAGCCGAGCUAGACAGAAUAUCGAGGAGAUGGUGGAAAAAGACUUUCUGGAGGGUCUUAUCAAGACGUGA